AAACAUAAUUUAUAAUUUCUUCUCUUUCAGCCUACUAAACUUGAAGAAGAUAUUAAAAAGAUGUGGAAGUUGAAGAUUGCAAAAGGACAAGAUGAUCGAUACUUGUAUAGUACAAAUAACUAUAUUGGACGACAAAUAUGGGAGUUCGAUCCAAAUGCUGGAACAAUAGAAGAACAAGCCAAAAUCGAAGAGGCACGUCAACAUUAUUGGAACAAUCGUUACAAAGUUAAGCCUAAUAGUGAUCUUCUUUGGAGAAUGCAGUUUUUGAGAGAGAAGAAUUUCAAACAGAGAAUUAGAGCAGUAAAAGUAGAAGAAGGAGAAGAAAUUAGCCAUGAAAUUGCUACAGUUGCAUUGCGUAGAGCUGUUCAUUUCUUCUCAGCUUUACAGGCUACUGAUGGACAUUGGCCUGCUGAAAGUGCUGGUCCUCUCUUCUUUCUUCCACCUCUCGUUAUGUGUAUGUAUAUCACUGGGCAUCUUAAUACUGUAUUUCCAGCUGAACAUCGGAAGGAAAUUCUUCGUUAUAUAUACUGUCACCAGAAUGAAGAUGGUGGAUGGGGUUUGCACAUAGAAGGUCACAGUACUAUGUUCUGUACAGCUAUGAGUUACAUUUGCAUGAGGAUCCUUGGAGAAGGACCAGAAGGCGGUGUUAAUAAUGCGUGUGCUAGAGCAAGGAAAUGGAUUCUUGAUCAUGGUAGUGUCAUCGCCAUUCCUUCUUGGGGAAAAACAUGGCUCUCGAUUCUUGGAGCUUUCGAAUGGAUAGGAACCAAUCCAAUGCCACCUGAGUUUUGGAUUCUUCCAUCUUUUCUUCCCGUGCAUCCAGCAAAAAUGUGGUGUUACUGCCGAACGGUCUACAUGCCAAUGUCUUAUCUCUAUGGGAAGAGAUUUGUUGGUCCAAUCACACCUCUUAUUUUGAAAUUGAGGGAAGAGCUGUAUGAUCAGACAUAUGAUGAAAUUAACUGGAAAAAAGUGCGCCAUGUAUGUGCUAAGGAGGAUCUUUAUUACCCGCAUCCUUUUGUUCAAGAUUUGAUGUGGGAUAGUCUCUACAUAUGUACCGAGCCUCUAUUGACUCGUUGGCCUUUCAACAAGUUGAGAAAUAAAGCUCUUGAAGUUACCAUGAAACACAUACACUAUGAAGACGAGAAUAGUCGAUACAUCACCAUGGGAUGUGUGGAAAAAGUAUUGAGUAUGCUCGCUUGUUGGGUUGAGGAUCCCAAUGGCGAUCAUUUCAAAAAACAUCUUGCUAGGAUCCCAGAUUUUUUAUGGGUAGCUGAAGACGGAAUGAAAAUGCAGGGUUGUGGUAGUCAAUCAUGGGAUGCUAGUCUUGCUAUUCAAGCGCUAUUGGCCAGUGAGAUGAAUGAUGAGAUAUCAGAUACUCUUAAAAAUGGACACGACUUUAUAAAACAAUCUCAGGUGAAGGACAAUCCUUCUGGUGAUUUUAAAGUGAUGUAUCGGCAUAUCUCAAAAGGAUCAUGGGCUUUUGCAGAUCAAGAUCUCGGAUGGCAAGUAUCUGAUUGCACUGCCGAAGCGUUAAAGUGCUGCCUUCUCUUCUCUACAAUGCCUCCUGAAAUAGUUGGUGAGGCAAUGGAUCCAGUGCGACUGUAUGACUCGGUGAAUGUUAUUCUUUCAUUACAGAGCAAGAAUGGGGGUUUAUCAGCGUGGGAACCUGCAGGGGCCCCAGAGUAUUUGGAGUUGUUAAAUCCUACUGAAUUUUUCGAGGAUAUUGUGAUUGAGCACGAGCAUGUUGAGUGCACUAGCUCGGCAAUCCAAGCACUUGUUCGUUUUAAGAAGCUAUACCCUGGACACCGAACCACGGAGGUUGACAAUUUUAUUAAUAAUGGUGUUAAAUAUAUUGAAGAUGUACAGGAGCCUGACGGUUCAUGGUAUGGUAACUGGGGCGUGUGCUUCAUAUACGCUUCCUGGUUUGCUCUUGGAGGGCUUGCUGCUGUAGGCUUGUCGUACAGCAACUGUGCAGCUGUUCGUAAAAGCGUAGAAUUUCUUUUAAGAACACAAAGGUCUGAUGGUGGUUGGGGAGAAAGCUACCGUUCUUGUCCUGACAAGGUAUAUCGAGAGCUUGAAACAGAACACUCGAAUCUUGUACAAACUGCAUGGGCAUUGAUGGGAUUGAUUCACUCUGGCCAGGUUGAGAGAGAUCCGAGGCCUCUCCACCGUGCAGCAAAGCUGUUAAUUAAUUCUCAGAUGGAAGAUGGUGACUUCCCACAACAGGAGAUAACUGGUGUUUUCUUGAGGAAUUGCAUGAUGCACUAUGCAUUAUAUAGGAAUAUAUUUCCAUUGUGGGGUUUGGCUGAAUACCGCAGGAAUGUCUUAGUACCAUUAAAACACAACUACAUAUAGAGAAUGCAAUUUGGGCCUUCCGCGGAUUCCGUAUAUAGCGGGAGCUUAGUGAAUCGAGUUGUCCGUUGUUUGUUUUUUGUGUUAAUGUAAGUGAUCACCCAAGUAGUGGUUAGAUAUGACUAUGAUCGACCUGUUAGGUUGUGGAGCCUGAUUAAUAUUUGUUAUACUGCAAUAUUUAUUCUCCAUUUAUUCUCUAUAACCUAAAAUACUCUGAAUUAUUAAUAUAUAUACCCACCGCCGUGGAAGUUUACUCACGGGGUGUUACCACGAAA